AUGGCAGAGCUAAGGAGAAGGAACGUCGAUGAAACUGGAGCAGAUGAAUCCGAUACCAUAAAUGCAAGCAGUGAGAAAAGGAAUUCCUUAACUGCGGAUUCAUCGGAUCACGUAAAACAUGAAACUGAACAGGAACAUGAACAUGAAACGGAACAAGAAUUUGAUACUAAUAUGCAAUCUUCUUCAAAAAUAUUUGCAACAACAACAAUAACUACAUUAAGAGCAGUGCCGGAAGUAACAGAACCAACAAGCUUUACAGAUAUAUCUUUAGUAUCUCCUAUGAGAAGUUCAGAGACAUCUGUAAAUGAUGAAGAUAGUGUUGAUCCAAUUCAGCUGGAUACACAACCAAUGGAGGUACCGGAGGAUGUACCUGAAGAAGUACCAGAAGAAGUACAAGAAGAGAUACCAGAGGAGGUCUCAGAAGAGUACGAAACUGAAUUACCAGAAACAAAUAUGUAUAAUAUAGAUGAUAUAAGUAGUUCUAGUUCGGGAAAAUUAAUAGUGGAUGAAGAUAGAUGUGAGGAAUUUUUAAAAGCAGUAACCAUGCAUUCUGAAAAACGAAUUAUAAAACCAAAAAUAAUUUGGGACCCCACUUCUAGUACAAUAUCAACUCAAUCAACUAAAUCAAGUCGUUUAAGUUUCUCGAAGGAAACAAAGCAAAUAUCUAAUGUAGCAGAAGAUAAAGAAAUUAAAGGAAAUAUUAGUGACCACAAGAUACAAGAAUUGCAAAAGGAAAACGAUCCGCUUUUAGAAAUAAAUACAAAUUCCUCCUCAAAAAGUGAUGUGCGUGGUCGAACUGAAGAAGGACAAAUAGUAAGUAGAAGAAAGCGAAGAUUAAUGACCCCGGUUUACAAUGGACAUAGUCUUAUUAAAAGAAGAGCACAGGAAGUGGAUCCUUUAUUGGAUCACGAGUUUAAAGUAAGUAACACAGCUACUGAUGAAUGUGAUCAUUUAUCAAAAUGUAGCAAUGAGGAGGAACAAAGUAUUUCAAUAAACAACAUUAAAUCGGAAGAACUGUGUAAUACAGAGAAUAAUGCUGAGUCUAUAGAAACUGAAAAUAUUAUUAUGACAGAAACGAAAAAAGAGAGACAUCGUAAACCGCAAAAACGUAGAAAAAUUUCAAAUUCGGUUAAUAAUAAUUCAGAGUUGGAUACGAUCGAGGAAAAUAAUUUGGAUAAUAAAAAUUUAAUUAAAAUUAGUUCACCCUUAUCGGCUUCUGAAGUAGGAAGCAAAGCAAAAGGUGAGUGUGGCGUCGAGAAAGAUCAAGAUAAAAAUAAACAAGAGCAAAAUGAAUCACAAGUGAAUACCAGUGUUGAAGAAGAGUUCAUUCAAAUAAAAGAUGUUACUAAUUGUUCAGAGAGCAACACCACAAAUGUAUUGGAACAGAGUAAUAUUGCUAAUGUAAUUAGAACUCAAAAUUACAGUGAUAUUUCUGAUGACGAUUGCAAUAUAACAGAUGAAAAGAAUAUAACAGAAAAUGCAAUUGAUCUAAACGUCACACAGAAUGAUAAGCAAUCAUCGGAAAAUUUAGAAGAAAGUAGUAAUGUUUCAGUUAAUACAAGUGAUCUAGAAAAAGCAGAUCAAGAUUCGCCAGAGGGUAAUCAAAUAAAAGAUGAGAAACUUCGAGUUCCGGUGAAUAAAACACCUGAACCUGUAGAUGAGAAAUCUGUGGAAAUUAGUACAACUAAUGACACUGAAGACACAUUAGAAAUAGAACAAAAUCCUCAAAUGCCUAGCAAAACUUCGGAAAAGAAUGAUUUUAAAUCUUCAAAUGAAUCCGUUCAGACUGUAGAAGUACCUUCCUUAAGGAUUAAACGCGGUCCCAAAUCAAAAGUAGCAUCUAAUUGGGAACAUGUUUAUAAACAAAAAGCCGACGAUGAUUCUCUGAUAGUACGUCGGCGUUCUAAUAGUUCUUACUCCAGUACCACUUCAAAUAAUUUAAGUUUAGAUAUCUCAGAUACGCCGAAUGAUAAUGAUAUAAAUUCGGCCAGUACUACCUCUAUAUCUGAAAAUUCUUUAGUUAUAAGUUCUUCACCUGCCACAGCCACCUCAAUAAAAUCGACUCCUGUAAGUAAAGCAAUAACGAAAAAUAAUAAAACCGCGAAAUCGAAUAUAACAAAUGAAACAUCAGAAACAUCAGAAACCGAGGCACAAACGACAACAAAUGUAAAAACAAUAAAAUCAAAUAGAACUAAAAAACGCGUCGUUAUCGUGGAACCGGCUCCAAGUACAGAUCAAAAUUCAGCUGUAAAUGAAGAUAAUUCAUUUGAAUUUACAAAACCAGAAACAAGAAUAAACAAAAAACCUGGUCGUCGAAGAAAGAAUGCGGUUCUUACUCCAGAAGUCACACCGACAACAACAGCAACCCCGGCUUUGGCAUCUCCAGUUUCGGCAGAAACAACAAAAGUUCGAAAGAAACCAGGACCUAAAAAACGUAAAAAUGGAACUAAUGUCCCUUUGGCUGAUAUAAAGAAUGUAAAAAGUCCCGCUAAAACAAAAGAUGGUGAAAAUAAUACAAGUGAAGUGAAGCCUGUUGGCUCAAAGGAUGCUGCAGCAAAAGAAUUGCAAAAUGAAACAUCGGAAGAAGUGAAAAAUUCAGCAGCAAAAAAAGAUAUAACUAAAGAUGGAGUAAAAAAUACGCCUAAAGUUUUAUCGAAAGAAACGCCUAAAGAAACACCUAAAGCUAAAGUAGAUCCACCGGUAACAAAAGUGGAUACACCAACUGUAGCAAAGAAGGGAAGAGAAGCAAAACCACCAGUAAUACCUCAUGAUGUCGUUGUAAAAAAAUCAAGUAAUGUGGCACAAAUUAUAUUUAGUACCCAUAAGGCAAGACAACCCCAUACGUUUACGCCACAGAUGAUGGCUAAGCUGGUAGAAAUAUUAAAAGAGCUAAGUGUGGAUAAACAGUGUAAUGUCGUGUUAUUGCUUUCAAACGGUCCGAAUUUUUGCCAUGGAGUAGAUUUUACUGACCUGGCACAUCCUGUUUUAGAAAAACGCCGUCAAGCGGCGCAUGUUUUAGCGAAAGCAACAAAAGAUUAUUUGUACGCGUUACUCACAUUUCCCAAACCAAUUAUUGCCGGUGUUUGUGGAUCUAAUGUUGGUUUAGGUGUGACACAACUGCCAUUGUUUGAUGUUGUUGUUGGCACUGAUAAAGCUACUUAUGAAACUCCAUAUGCCAAAAUUGGACAGUUACCUGAAGGUUAUUGCAUUUGGAAUAACUUACCCAAAAUCAGGGGAACAUAUAAAACCAAAUUAUUCUGGCUUUGUGAUAAACUACACUCUACUGAGUCUGUUAUAUCGGGUUUGCUUAGUAAAUUGUCAUCCACAACCAAUCUGAAUGAAGUUGCUUUAGAAGAAGCUAAGAAAAUAGCUGCAUUCUCACCAGAGAUGUAUAUUGCCAUGAAAAAAACUGUUGUUCUUAAUAAUUUAAAUGCUGUUGGGACGCAAUUGGACGCUGAAUUUGAAACGAUCAUUGAGCAAUGGUGUUCAAACAAAUGUUCUGAAAGCUUUAGGAAAUAUAUACAAACGGGUCAUUUUUGAGAAAAUCACUUUUAUCUGCUGGCAAAACAAAGGUGUGAGAGAGAAACCAAUGAUUUUUGUAACAUAUAAGGCCGUGAAACGGAUAACCCAAAACAUUUUUUGACUUUCAUUUCGUUCAAACUCCAUAAAAUUCUAUAUAUAUAUAUA